AUGGCUUCCUUCUUCCAAAAGGCCAGAGAAAGAGCCGAAGCCGCUGCUCAGCAGCUGCAGGCGCACCAUGCCGCUUCCUCGGCUACCAAGAUCAACGACACCUCAGCAUCAGCUAACGUCACCGCCUCCGGUGCCGGCUCAGCGUCCAGCUUCACCUAUACAGGCUCCGUGCCUCACCUCUUCCGACAGGGCCUCGCUUCGGUCGACCCUCGCUACGAGUCGACGCGCCAGUUUCAUCUGCUCAGCCAGGCUUUCAAAAGCUUCAACAUCGACCACGAAGCCGCCGGUCGCGAAGCUAGGGGUCUUGCCAAAGCCACUUUCGUCUGGGGCCAGCACCACCUUCCCGAGAAGCGCGACGACAGUGUAGGAGACGAGAUGCUCGCCGAUGUUACCGACCGCCUGGCCUACGUCUGGCACGAACUCGGUCAGCUCGAAACCGCGCACAGCCAACGGUCUGAACAGGCCCGCGGCCGUCUCAAGAGUUUUGAGAAGGCCGAGAUGGAACUCGGACAGAGAAGAGCCCAUCGCAGCAAGCUCAGAAAGGAACUCCACGCUCUCGUUCCCGAGCGCGCCAUUGCAGCUGGCAGCUCUCGUGUUCAAGAUCUCGAGACACGUCUUGAGCAACUCAUCAACGACGACCAGGCCGACGAAGAGUACCUGAGCCGCACCAAGCGCCAGAGCGUCAAGGAGGGGUAUGCUGCCAUGUUUGACAGUCUGAUCGAACUCGGCGAGAAGAUGGCCCUCGUCGCACGCUACGGCAAGCUACUCACCACCUUGAUGCCCAUCGAAAAGUCGCCGUUCCCUGGUACGGUCAAGCAACGCGGAGACAAUAUACCUUUGUGGGAGGGCGCAUCUAAAACCGCUGAUGUACGUGCAGCUCUCGCAUCUGCUCUGUCGUCCUUCCGACCCGACCUCUCCUUGCCCAUCCUGCCAGCGGACUCGGCUCUCGCGGCCACCAGCAGCCUGGGUCGCACAGACACAGUGUCAUAUGCAGUUUCUCACCAGUCAGAGCUCCAAGCAGAUUAUACCGCACCAGUAGUUUCACCCGCGGCAGCUCCACUCGCCCAGCUUUCUUCACCUCGUAGUCCUGGUCUUUCUCCCGAUCGAAGCGACAUGGUCCAGCUGGCCAACCCGACCUCACAGCAUAGCGGUAGUGGAUCAGCUCAGAAGCUCAAUCUCAGUCCGUCAGCUCUGCCUGUUCCGUUGCUUCCGCCUCGUCCGCAGAGAAGCCCCUCCGCAACCACAGUAGACACAUUGCGCUCACCCGCUGCCGAUCCAUUCGCUGACUCGGCUGCAGCCGCUGCCCCUAGUUCCAGCAUUUCCGCAGCGCAAACCGAGGAAGCUCUCCCGCCCCCUGGCCCACCUGGUCCAACUGUUGCCGAGACAGGUGUGGUGCCCUCGGGACCCGGCGGACCCAAGUCAGGUACACUCCAACCACGUCGGUCCUCAGCGAGCCAGCGAUCAGUGUCUAUUUCGGCUGGUGCUGUCGCCUAUCUAGGCCCGACUGGCACCUACAGCCACCAAGCGGCUCUCAAGGUUUUCGGCGCGACGGGCACCAACCUCAUCCCUAUGCAAAGUAUCACCGGUGCCAUCGACUUUGUUCGCCGCGGCACACCUGGUAACGCAAAGAUCGCUAUCGUUCCAAUCGAGAACAGCACAUUUGGGCCGGUUCGUGACACGCUUGACAACCUGCUCGGCAUCAGCAACGGCGACCGUCAUGCGUUCAAGCCUGCAGAUGGAGCUCAACUGCAUGUGGUAGGUGAAGCGUGCCUCUCUGUCGAUCAUGCCCUUUUGUGUGGACCCAAGACCUACCACCAUCUCCUUCAGCUACAAGGCGACACCGAUCCGAACGCGCCCAUUCGCGACGACACACUGUCCAACAUCACCAACGUCAUCUCACACGAGCAAGCGCUGGGACAGUGCUCGCACUACCUUACUCGUUACAUGCCGCAGGCCAAGAAGCGGGCAGUCGAGUCCACCGCUGCAGCUGCCAUCACGGCUUUGGAGUUCGAGGCGGGCACUGCACCCGGAAGAACAUCCACGUCCAUCGACCACGCACACGAAUCGCUGGGUUUCUCAUCAAACUCUUUGGUUGCUGCUGUAGGAGCUGAAGUAGCCGUCACCGCUGUCGGCGUCCGCGUGCUCCGCUCUCGUAUUCAGGACGUUAAGGACAAUCGCACACGCUUCUUGAUAUUGGCAAGCGAGCCACUCGAAGCGCUGCUGAGCAUCAACGCCCUGCCGUUGACCAUCUCGCGUCUAUACAGCGCGUCAAGCGCAGCCAGAAAGACAGGCCGAUCGCUGCUGAGUGUCAGUGAUACACUUGUCUCAGAUCUGGCCGCAGAGGCUGACAACUAUAGCAGCAGCGAUAGCAGUGUACUUGACAGACUUGUGGCGCAGCUUGCCAAGUUGAACGAUGUCUCUGUCCGCAAGCUAGAUCGUCGAACAGCUUCAACGUCAGAAGCAUUUGCCGCAAGUGGUAGCAGCGUGUGGCGUAGCAGCUAUCUAGUGGAGCUGCAGUACGCUGGUGCUUCUGCCGCCGUUGCUGAAGACAAGAUUCGCCGAUUGGUUGCUGAGCUUUCGAUCGGGAGCUCCGCGACGAGAUUACUCGGAGACACUGCUCCUGUCAAGCAUCUCGGUAGCUGGCUCGUUGAUGCAACAAUGCUGCGCGGCGAGUCCACAGACAAUGCUGGCGGCCAAGCAGCACAGUCAGUGUUGACUGCAGGCCCGUCUGGCUCGCAUCUCUCCCAAAGCACGUUACCUGGGUCUUUGCAACUGACCGAGAGGGAGCGAAAGGAGACGGAAGCUCGUCAGGAAGCGGCAGAAGUGCAACGACAUGCAGCCCAGGCGCGGCUAAGCCGUCAGCAGCAACAAGCGGAUCUGUACCGAGUUGAGGCGCAGCCGUCUGGCUCUUCGACCAGUGGUUCUCGCCUGACGUUGCCGCUAGCUGGACUGCAGGAGAGUGAAGCUGAGCCACGUUUGGACGAGGAAGAAGGACUGCCCGCGUAUCAGCCACUCGACCCUGGAUCGCGAAGCCGAUGA